CGGUACCGCAACGCUGGAGGCAAUUUGCCAACUGGAGGCAAAUCGCCGAAGAAGAAAAACACACGGAAGUGGACAUUGUUUUGAUUUUUGUCGCGGCGGGAAAGAUCACGGUGAGAGAUUCUGACCAUGUCGUCCAAACAACGGGAUCUGGCCAAAUCUAAUAUCUCCCCAGUUCUCUUCAUGACCGUGGACGGUGAACCCAUGCCGUUCUUCUUGCGACCGGGUCCCGUCAAACGCAAGAUCCAGCCGCUCAUCACAUGUGGAGGAGGGAUGUUGUGCAACGUCCAGCAGCCAGGAGCAAUCCUGCUGAUUGACCCAGAGGAAAGAGGCUCUAUUCCUGAAACUACUACUCACUGGUACGUGUCCACCCAGUACAUUUACGACUGUAUCGAGAAGGAAGAACAGCUAAAUGUAGAGGACUACAGGUUAAAUCCUGAAGUGAUCCCAAAACACUCUGCUAGACUCAACAACAGCAAAGAGGGCUCCCCUAGACUCUCAGGAGGCAGGGUUGGCUACACCCCUGAAGAAGAUGCAGCCAUUUUAAGUUAUGUCAGCAAGCACAAGGCCGAGACUGGGGGAAACCGGCUUUGGCAAGAGAUGGAGAAGCAGCGUGUGACCGAUCACAGCUGGCAGUCGAUGAAAUAUCGUUACAGAGCACAACUGGCUAAGAAGCAGGCUGAGGUCGAGGAGGUGAAAACAACAGAGGAAGAGGCCAAGGAGGAGGGAAAUCAAGAGACAGACGUUCAGGAACUUUCCAGUGAAGAUGCUGCUCCUCCCCAGACACAUCCCCCAGCAACAGAACCUCUUCAGACACAUUCAGAUGAAUCAGACCUUACACAGAUAGAUGCCCAGCCCAUACCAGCUGAAAGCCCACAACCAGAAAAAGUAGAAGCUGAAACCUCAAACUCCCCCCAACCUGGAGGGCCUUGUUUGGACCCGCAGACUGAUGGCCACCUGAUUCCAGCUGAGAUCACAGAACCAGAAACAGCAGUGCCACAAACAACAGUCUCUCCACAGAAAGAAAGUGUGCCAGAGGACUCCCCGCAUUCCCUGCCUGACACUUUUAAUCCAAAAAAGCCAAAGGAGAAACAGGGAGCCUCCCCCAAACUGGAACAACCGCAGCGUCGAACAACACGCAGGCAGCUUGAGCUCCAGGCGUCAUCAUCACCUGAACCUUAUGGCAAAAAACUCAGAUCAUCGUCAUCUUCUGCUGAGACACUGUCACCAUCUCCCCAGCCCGCAAAGAAAACUACACCAGCCAUUAAGCCUGCUCUUCAAAAACACACAACAAUGGACCUGCCGCCUUCUAAGAGAGCCAGAGUAAAGAAUGUGGAAACAGUGGCAGAGAGUCAGCAAGAGGAGAGUGAAGAAGCUGCCGUCUCUGAAACACCACAACCAGAUGAAGAAUCUAAUUCAUUGCCACAGAAAGAAGAGACAAAAAAAGAAAAGAGAAAGCUGGGGAUUCUGGAGUUGGCUACAAAGGAGUUUGAAGAUGAAAGUGAGUCUUCUGAGGAUGAAACUCCAGAUCUCCAAAACCCAGCUGAGAUAGAGGUGUUACAGCCCACAUCAACAGCACCCUCCCUCCCGCCUUCAGACACAGCAGCAGAUCUCGCCUCCACACAGUCCAACCCUGAACCUGGGCCCAGCCCCCAGGAGAAAGUGCAACAGACCCAGGCCUUCAGCAGUAACCAUGUACCAGAGACGGGCCGCCCUAAACCCGCAGCUUCUGAUCCUGCAGCUACUGACGCUGUCUUCGCAGCCUCCAGGGCCCACCUUUUCAUAUUCGACAGUGACUCUCAGGAAGUAGACUCUCAGUCCCCUAUUGGUGACGGUACCGCAGCUGUGUCCAACCCCGAGCACCUAGUGAACCAAGACGCUGCACCAUCUCUGACUCAGAUCCAGUUAGAGGAGGACGAGCAGCGGAUCAGAGAGCUGAUGAACCAGACAAACCAGGACUUAGUUAGUGUGACCAAAGCCCUGUUGAAGACCAGCGGAGACGUCUCUGCUGCACUGGAUCUGCUUUUGAAUCCCUCCUCCAUUUCUGGACCAUUUUGGAAUCGCCAUGAUGACGGUCUUUUGCGCUCCGCUGAUCCUGUCGUCCACCAGCAGCUGCAGGAGAAAUAUGGUGAGAGGGAAGUGGCCAAAAGAAUAGUGUUUCUCGAGGUGGAGGGAUGAAGGAGGAGAUCUAGAAGCAUCUCUUACAUCAAAUAACUAGUGUGAAAUCAGCGAGGUAGUUGGCUGAUAUUCAUUAUAGUUUGAAUUUCCACGUCCACUGUCUGUUUCUUCGUUGUCCCCAAUUCUUUCAACAUGAAAUCUAAAAAUUUUGUGGACCUUCUUUCGUAAUGGUUUGUUCUGACUACAACCUGAGACAUUUGAGGAUAAAAAGAUUUCCAGGCGGUUUAAGUAUUAGAAGUUUUUAUGUAAAUUACAUAUUAAGGCUAUUAGGCUAUUGUGCCAUUCUGUUGAGUUGUUUUGGAAACAAAAUGUUUUAAUGCAUUUUAGCAUAAAAAUACUUUUAUCAUGUUAUGUGUUUUUUUAAUGUUUUUGUUUUCAUUGAAUGCAAAAUAAAAUUGGUCAUGUGUCAUAC